UGCGACGCGAAGCUAUUUGUAGCUAUGUCUACUUUUACUUUGCAAGAGCUCCCAUUGAACGAUUGCAGAAAGUAAAUAUUUUCAACGCUCCAAGAUCACUAAAUAAACGCGGAUGAAAGCUAUUACGGUUAUCGCGAACUUGUGUGAGCUUUUAUUUUGAAGUGCCGUUAGCGGUUGUUGAAUGCUGGGGCUCGUGUCAUCUGACAGUCGUACUUGUCCUGGGUCGCUGCUGCUGAUCCCUGCACCGAUAAACUCGCCCUUCUGUCGUCUGCGCAGACAAUGUUGUCCUACAUCAUCGGCCUGAUCCGCGGCGGCUUUGACAGCAUCGUCAACCUGAUCCUGAGACUCCUCUUCUCCAAGAGGAGACCUGCGAUCACACUCGAGGACCCCAACAUCAAGUACGCCCUCAGGCUCAUCGACAAGGAGAUCGUGAGUCAUGACACCCGAAAGUUCCGCUUCGCUCUGCCGUCUGCCCAGCACGUUCUCGGCCUCCCCAUCGGUCAGCACAUCUAUCUGUCGGCACGGAUAGACGGCAAUCUGGUGGUGCGCCCGUACACGCCGGUGUCCAGCGACGACGACAAAGGAUACGUGGACCUGGUGAUCAAGAUCUACUUCAAAGAUGUUCACCCGAAAUUCCCUGCCGGGGGGAAGAUGAGUCAGUACCUGGAGAGUCUCAGGAUUGGCGACACCAUCGACUUCCGAGGACCCAGCGGGCUCCUGGUCUAUCAAGGGAAAGGUGUUUUCUCCAUCCGGCCCGAGAAGAAGGCCCCUGCUGUGACCAAGACGGCCAAACACCUGGGGAUGAUCGCUGGAGGGACAGGCAUCACACCCAUGCUGCAGAUCAUCACCGCCGUGAUGAAAGACCCUCAGGACCCCACCGUAUGUCACCUGCUGUUUGCUAACCAGACGGAGAAAGACAUUCUGCUGCGGCCUGAGCUGGAGGAGAUCCUGGUCAACAACCCGGACCGCUUCAAGCUGUGGUUCACCCUGGACCGAGCUCCUGCCAACUGGGAGUACAGUCAAGGCUUCAUCAGCGAGGACAUGGUGAGGGAGCGCCUCCCUCCUCCCAGCGACGACACCCUCAUCCUCAUGUGCGGGCCUCCGCCCAUGAUCCAGUUCGCCUGCAACCCCAACCUGGACAAAGUGGGCCACGCCGAGAGUCGCCGCUUUACUUUCUAGGUACGACGGAGAAAGUGGUUCAACCCCGAGAGCACUGCUGCUGUUUUGCACUCUAUAGUCUCGCCAUGAUCGUCACGCAGCAGAAUCACAGCACGGACCAAAUGACGUGGACGGUCGGAGGAGGUUGGUGGAUGUUGAGGGAAGCUCUGUUGCAAGUGUUUGGACUGAGGAUGUGAUUCAGGAUGUGUUGAGGCAGAUGGGCGUUUGCUCCAAGUGCCUUAAAGCUUGAAGCUUUUUUUAUGCAAAACCAAAUCAUGGCUGUCCGUUAUUCAUGAGCUCUUAUGUACAUGUUGGGAUGUUGUGUUCGCUGUGACGCUAAAUUAAACAUCAACUGCCAGUCCAGUUUCAGUACAUUGACUCUCAUGU